UUUCAUAAUAGGCUGCGCAGCGAUAGACAUGUUACCCUUGUAACAUAAUAGAUUUUGGUCAAACAUUUUUUUUGUCUUCUUUCUCAUAUCAGAUAGAUAUAUAUAUAUAUAUAAUAUUUCUAUAUCAACCAUUUUACACUCCUAUAUAUCUCCCAGUCAUAACAAUUGUUUUAAAGAACACAUGGAAUCAUUCUCGUUUUCAUUUCUCUUACUAGUUGGCUUGUUUUCCUCACUCGCUUGUUUCUUCCUUCCUUGUGUGCAGCCACUAUGCCAUGACGAUGAGAGCAAGGCUUUGUUGCAAUUCAAAGAGAGCCUUAUCAUAAACAAGUCUGUUUCUGAGGAUCCUUUGGCCUAUCCAAAAGUUUCAUCAUGGAAUAUAGAAAGCGAUUGUUGCUCUUGGGAAGGAGUAGAGUGUGAUGAGAAUACCGGUAAUGUCAUAGCACUGAAUCUCAAUAGUAGUUUUCUUUAUGGCUCUAUCAACUCAACCAGCACUCUUUUCCACUUUCCUUAUCUUGAGAGGCUUAACUUGGCUGAUAAUCACUUCAAUUACUCUCCAAUCCCAUCUGAGUUGGGUCGUUUCUCAAAGUUGACACAUCUCAAUCUCUCUUCUUCCUUUUUCACAGGCCAAAUCCCAUCAGAAAUGUCAGAACUCACCAAUUUGUCAUCUCUUGAUCUUAGCUUUCUAAACAUGUCAUCUAAAGUACCUGAUUUUUUUGCAAAUUUCUCUUCCCUUACGUAUCUUCACCUAAGAAAUUGUGGAGUCUAUGGAGAAUUCCCAGAAAAAAUCUUCCAUCUUCCGAAACUCAUGUUUCUUGCACCUCUUCACAAUCAAAAUCUCAGCGGUCAAAUCCCGGAGUUUCAAUCAGGUAGUCCUCUUAAAACACUAUGGUUUAGCCGUACUAGUUUCUCUGGUAAUAUACCUACUUCAAUUGGAAACCUUGUUUCAUUAGAAUUUCUUAGCGUUACAAAAACCAAGUUGUCUGGUAUUCUUCCAUCUUCAAUCUCUAAACUAACAAAUCUUACUUAUUUAGACCUUUCUUAUAACCAAUUCAGUGGUGAUUUCCCUUCUUUUCUUCAAAACCUAACCAAGCUAAAAACUAUAUGGUUAGGAGGGAAUCAGCUAACAGGUCAAAUCCCAUCUUGGAUUGGAAAUCUCACAAGCUUAAAUGUUCUAAGUUUUGCAAAAAAUAAGUUUUACGGCCCUUUACCAUCAUCGUUGUCCAGAUUGAAAAAUCUCCGAACUCUGAAUCUUUUUGAGAAUGAUUUGAAUGGUACAGUGGAUUUCAGCUUGUUUCUUAACAUGACUUACCUGGCCGAACUACGACUGGAUGACAAUAAGUUGACGGUGACCACCACAGAAACAGAGGGCACGAAUGCGACUGAUGAUGUGUUCCGGAAUAAAUUUGAGAUCUUGGGAUUAAACAUGUGCAAUUUAAGCCAUUUUCCAAAUUUCUUGAGGUACCAAGAUAAACUGAGAUAUUUGGAUCUUGGAGGAAACAAUAUACAUGGCUCAAUACCCAAGUGGAUAUGGAAUUCAAGCGUUGAAACGAUGGCUUAUUUGGCUCUUAAUGAUAACUUCUUGACAAGCCUUGAACUAGAAGACAACACAUCACAAAGUGAAGAGUUUCCCUUGUUUUGCAACCUCAAGUCCCUUCAACUUCUUGAUCUUUCGAACAACUUGUUCAGUGGAAUAACACUUCCAAAAUGGAAGAAACUCGUUGAAAAUGGUUGA